AUGCAGUUCAAGACUCUUCUCGUUUCCGCCCUCGCGGCCGCCUCUACCGCCUUUGCCCAGCGCUCCUGCGGCACUCCCCACCCCUCUGAGGAGGAGGUCGAGUUCGCUCAGCGUCUGCAGCUCAAGGAAGAAAACGCGCGUGUUGAAGGCAAUGCCACCCGCCUCGCCCCCAUCACUGUCAACGUUUACUGGCACGUCCUGGCCACUUCUAACUCCGUCAGCGGUGGCUACCUCACCCAGGCUACCCUGAAUGCUCAGCUGGACGUCCUCAAUGAUGCCUUUGCUCCUCACAACGUUCAGUUCGCCCAGGCUGGCGCCGAUUGGACCAUCAAUGCCAACUGGGCUGCCGAUAGGUCUGAGCUGGCCAUGAAGCGCGCGCUCCGCAAGGGCACCUACGCCGAUCUUAACGCCUACUUUAUUCCCGGUACCCCCUACCUCGGCUACGCCUACUUCCCCCAGACCGUCUCCACCGGCUCUUCUGCCUUCUACUAUGACGGUGUUGUCAUUCGUUCUUCCACCGUCCCUGGUGGCAGUCAGACAAAGUACAACCUUGGCCACACUGCUACCCACGAGAUUGGCCACUGGCUCGGACUCUACCACACCUUCCAAGGGUACCAGUGCGGCGGCAACGGCGACUACGUCUCCGACACUCCCUUCGAGGCCGAGGAGGCUUAUGAUUGCGAGAUUGGCCGUGACACCUGCCCCACCCUGGCUGGAACCGACCCCGUCACCAACUACAUGGACUACUCUGACGACUCCUGCUUCACCCACUUCACUGCUGGCCAGGAGGCUCGUAUUAACAGCUACUGGACCACCUACCGCGCCCAGUACCAGUAA